AUGGAUCCAAAAGGAGCUCAAAAGGGAAAAAGUUACAGUUGUGAUAGUUCUCUCGUAAGAUCAAAAAUAGAUCGCUUAUUAACAACAUCAUUUAAUAAUAAUAAUACAAAAACUAUAUUGGAUAACUUAUCAAAUGAAUCAUCAACAAAUAGUUCAGGUUUUCAUUCAAAAUCAACAACAACUAUAUUCAAUAAUGAAUAUAGUCCGAGAGUACCCGAAACAGUUGAGUUGUCAUUUUCAGGUGUAUAUCCAUUGUACAAAGGUCAAUAUCAAAUGAAUGUGUGA